AACAGAAUUUUGCGCUUGGCUUGCGAACGUAGAGAUGGCCCCAAAUGGAUUCGGUCGGACACUGGCGGCGGCAGCUGCCUAGAAAUCCUGGAGAGCUCGAAACCGAUACGGAAGCCCCGAAAACCGAAACCGAGACCCCAAACUCGAAAAUAAUGUGCUGCAGGAGUGGGCACUAUUGAAGUUGACAACACUUCGGUGCAGCGAGUUAAGAGCACAGGGUUAAAAGCAUUUUUUCGGGGGAGCCGGAGGAGUACAAUGGUCAUCCAGUGCACAUGUGAUUGCAACUGCAGUGAUAGUAGAGAUAACCGGAGCGUCAUAUCCUGCCUGCUGCCGGGUCGCAGUCAGCCGUACAAGUUGGGAUCCUCGUUCGGUGGCGAUGAUAUGGAGCAGAGGAUACCGUACUACCGCCGCCUAUCGAAUACCUCAUCGGCGCUCUAUGGCAGCUGUCCCCAGUUGUUGCCCAGCAGCAGUAGCACCAACAACCGUCAUUCCUGGCUGAGAAUUCCCAAGAAUCCGCAGGAGAAUCCCGAAGAGAAUCCCGUAGAGAAUCCACGACAGUACUCGAGUCUGGUGAGGCCCAAACAACGCAGUCCGGUGCUGUGCAACAAAUCCUGGUGGGUCUCAUGUCCACGGCUCUCCUAUUUACCCGCUGAGCAAACGAAAAUGCAGUCCACGGCCACGCCCACACGUCACUGCCAUGGAGGCGUUGGCACCCAAACCACUCUUCCCCAAACCACCAGCACACCACCCACCCUGCCCAGAUUUCCGAGCAAACGGCAUUGUGACAAUUUCGGCAGCUAUGCCACAUUGCCCACCAUUGAGCACCAGAUGACCAUGCCCAUGAUGCCCCACUGCAGUCGACACGGCGGUGGUGUUGGCGGGCUGGGUGGUGCAGUGGGUUCUGGCAUGUCGGGUGUAAUGCCCGCCCCGCCGCCGCCUCGCUACGCGAACACCAAUAUAAAUGGCUGCUGUUAUAUGUACAAUCCCAUGCCACCCGCCCAUCAGAGCCACCAUCAGCAUGACCACCAUCAUGCGCAGCACCACCCGGUGGCCCAGCAUCAGCACCACCCCCACCAGUACGGGCCGCAAUACUGCCUCUGCGAUAAUUGGUACCAUCAGCCACCGCCGACGCAGCAACAGCAGCAGCUCCACCACCAACAACAAAGGGCCAAGAACCUGAUGGCCAACGGCGGCUGCUAUUUCGGCUACGAGGCGAAUCAUCAUCCUAGCCUGCAUGCCACGCCCCCACAUCCCAGCCAUAUAACCGACGAGGAGGAUUCGGCAUUCCCCGGACUGGCCGAUCGAGAGUUCCACCUGCUGCACCGGAACAUUCCGGCACUGCGACGAACCGGAGUGGAUACCACACGCAUCAGACAGUACUUCUAUCCCGAUGGCGGCUGGGGCUGGAUCAUCUGUGGAGUGUCCUUUCUGGUCCACAUCCUGACCACCGGACUGCAGCUCAGCUACGGCCUUUUGUGGUUCUAUGCCGUCCAGUAUUUGCAUAAUACCAGUGGCAUAGAACUGCUGGGCGCUUUGAGCUGGUCAGUUUCCAUGGUGGCCACAUCGUUUGUGGUGUCGCUGUGCCGUAAACGCUCCAUCCGCCUGCUGUCCAUCGUGGGUGGGCUGGUGAUGCCCCUGGGCAUAUUGUUCACCUCAUUUGCCACGGAAUUUGGCCAGGUUGUUUUCAGUUAUGGCAUCGUCUUCGGAGUUGGGGUCGCCAUGGUGCGGGAGGCAUCAACCGUGAUGCUGGGCAAUUACUUUAAGCGGCGCCGUCAAUUCGUCGAAAUGGUGGCCAUGUCCGGCGAGGGAGUUGGCAUCGCUUUGUUCUCCGUCAUUUUGAAGGAGGGCGUGGGCAAGGCGGGCUGGCGCCUGGGCCUCCAGAUUGUCGCUGCUUUGACGGCACUCAGCUUUUUCAUGGGCCUAAUGUACCGACCCGCCUCCCUCUAUCAUCCCCAGCGCCGGGCCAUCCAGCAUCUCAAAAAUCAGCGCAAAAAGAUGAGGGAGAAAAAGCCGAUUCUCAGCCAGGAUGUGGAGAGCACACCGAAGUACUUUUUUCUGGACAUAUCAUCACUGAAAUCGGUGACUGUUAAAAUUUUACUCAUGACCUCCAGCGUGGCCUCCUUUGGCAUUUAUACACCCAUGUUCCUAAUGGCACUCAACGCCGCCGAGCAGGGCUCUGAUGUGCAAGAAUUGGUUCUGUUGCAAACAUUUCUGGGAAUUUCCAUGGCCCUGGGUGUGGUUAUAGCUGGAGCUCUGCUGAGACGUUGUUUUGUGAUCAGGCACUUUGUGAUCAAUACCAAGAUUGUCACGCAGCUGUUCCUAUCAAUUGUGGCCUUGGCUAUCCUCUUUCUAUCCUUCGUCAUGGGCUACACGGGCCUUUGUAUACUAAGCUGGUUGUAUGGCAUUGGUCUGGGCGGCUUUCAAUACUCCCUAAAGAUUUUGGCACUCGAACGCAUCAAGCUGAAACAUUUCUCCAAGGCCUGGGGCUUCAUUCGGGGGGUGGAGUCAGUUCCUGUGCUGAUAAGCGUGCCACUUACCUCGUUUCUGAAUGAUUACUCCCUAAAAUACGGAAGGGCGGGCUAUUACAUAUGCUCGGCGGCGGCUGCCAUCUCGGGAAUUAUAAUAUUUUUCAUAAGCGAGCCGCAGCAGCAGCAUCCGCAACAGCAGCAGCAGUUGCACCAUCAUUAUCAGCAGCGAAAUGGUCAUCUGGCGACUCCAACGCUGAUGCGCCACGCCUCCGCCCGCCAGCAUCGCCCCCAUUUGCCGAUGGACUAUGGAUAUGGGGAGUAUCCCGCCCCCGAUCUGCUCAGUCGGAGCUGCAUUAGUCUCAAUCAAAUGGAGCCCUAUCUGCAGACGAACUUCUGCCAGAGGCACAUGUUGCAGCAGCAGCAACAACAGCAGCAGCAGCAACAUUCCCACCUGCAGCAGUUGGCCUGUCACAAUCUAGAUUUGCAGCAGCAUCAGGGGCGUGAAGCCUACCAGUUGGGCCAGGGGAGCAUCGGGGCCAAGAUGGGCAAGCGAUUGCAGCGCAGUCUGUCCUUCAUCCAACAGCACAGCAACUGCUGCGAUGGCCAAAUGUACUGCAGCUGGCACAGCACCUACGAGCUGGGCUGUCACAAGAGCAACAAGAACCCGGGAUCGGCGGACCGUCAGCCAUUGAUAUGCACCUGCAGCAGUCCAAAUAGGAAUCCGGUCACCUAUGGAACUCACGGACCAACCGGACCACCCGGACCACCUGGCCCACCCAGUUCCACCCGCAGCCGCAGUGUUCCAGAGGGUUUAUCCACGAUGUCGCAGCAGUGUAACUGUCGUCAGGGUCCUGCCACUUUUCCGGCUCCCACGCGGGAGUUCAUCUACGUGCCGCACACCUAUGCCUCCCUGCAAAGAACCCCCCAUCGUCACAGCCAGGGUGCGGGUUCGGGUUCGGGGCCGGGAAACUCAGCAUUGCGAAACAAUCCACAAUGCCGGCUGAAAAGAUCCCAAUCCCUGUGCCGACCCAAUGCCGUUCAGUUCGUGGAGCAAAUCACCACGUCCGUGUAGGAAUAUGGUAUGUGGCACUGAAAGAAAAGUUUCGGCGAAAGCAGAGAAUCGCUGGAGAAAACCCUUGUCUUUGGAGAACUCUAGAAAGCUAAUGGUAUCUUAUGAUUAUAUAUUUCGGGUUUCCAACUAUAUCUCGAGUGGUUUGUAAACACCCAAAAUGAUGUCUAUUAGUAUGCUCUACAAAAAGGUUGUCGUAUCUCCCAGGGAGUUCCGAGCUCAAAAUAUUACGAAGCAUACUCUUAGACCCACUUACAAAUUGCAAAUCGCAGACUUUUCCACAUUUAUACUCUCGUUAGUGUAUAAGAUUCGGCAACAUUUUCUUCGAGUGUGAUCGAAGCCAAAAGCAUAAGGAAAAUCGAAGAUACCCCGUAGCAAUUGGGUGCUAUAAAACUUAUAUUUUGGUAUUAUGGUCCCACCCACACACACGGCUACGUGAACCGCAUGCACAAUUUGUCAGAUCUCUUCUAGUCUUUUGUCGUAGCUCUAUUAGAAAUGUAAAGUUAAAAACACCAACCAACCGAAUGAAGUCCCACAACACCCAAACGAAGAAGGAAACUCGAUGAAUUUUUCACAAAAAAUCCACACUCAACUUUUACACACACGCAUGCAUAAGCUAGGAUGGAAAUUUUACUCAUUAGCAUAUUAAUAUAUUAUAGAGAUUACGGACAGACGGAAAGCUUUAUCUUUGUCUCAAGCAAAAAGUAUCCAAUACAUAAAUAUUUACGAGAUAAUUCAAUCGAGCAGAGAACAGACGCAAUGAAAACGGAAACAAACAAACUUCUUGAAUGGUCCAUUUUAUAAACGUGCAUACAAUUUAACCACCGAAAACCGAUUACCGAUAUAUACAUACAAAUAAAAGACAAUGAACGCCGGCACAUGAAGUCGAUCCAAUUAAACGACUCUUUUCCCAAAGGAAAACGCUGAGAGGUCCUCAGUGCCGAGUUUUCGUGUCGGCGAACUACUUUAUUUUUCAAUAACAAUUAUAUAUUGCAUAAUUAAGUGGCGUUUAACGGCGGACGACGGAAUGAAAGCAAACAAACUGCCGAUGGAAAUGAAAAUUACCUUCGCCUUAUUUUCCAAUCGAAAUGAGGCAUACAAAAACAUAAUUAUUGCCAAUAUGAUAGCCUCAAUUUAUUGGCCUGCACUUUAUUUCGUACAUGGUGAAUAUUUUGAAAUGGAUAUCUGGUAGUUUUUCUAACCUGUAAAUCAACAAUAAAAUAUUUCCUUUUAUUUUACCUUUCAAGGUUAACAUUUAGUUUUUGAUUGGAAGCGAACUAAAGUAAUACCCAAUACAAUUUAAAAUAUACGCCCUAUAAAUAACAGACAAGAUUAAAGAAAAAAUGCAAAGCCAAUUUGUAAAUCAUUAGUAAUUCAUUCAAAUAAAGAUCUGCAUUUUUAAAAGAGCCAGGUGCAUAAUCAGCUAAAUAGCAGCUCGUAUUACAACCAAUUAAAAACAAAUAAAACGUAAAAAAGGAAAUCGUUAAUUCGCCGAACAAAAGAAAAAUGACCAGUGGCAAAUAAACAGAAUAAUUAAAAUAUUUGGAAAGCUUAAAAAACAAAUAAACAAGAGAGAACAACAUAAUAAUACAGGAAAAAUCAUCAGCAGCGGAAAGCUUUCAUAAAGCAAAUAUUAAAAUAAUCUAGUAAAGUGGCAGUCGAAAAAUAGACGAAACCGACAAGUUUCCAAACAAAUUUAAACAAUAUGUUAAAGGAAAACAAAAUGCAAAUGUCUAACGAAGCGGAAACCCAAUUUAUAAAAAUUUACAAACGAAUCGAAUGAAAAUACUUGUAUUAAAGACCAUAAAAGGAGCCAAACGAAUUUUCCGCAACCCAUUUUCUUUGUAAAUAAAUUUUCAUUGCUUAUCUUUAUAAUGCACGAACAAAUGGACCUAAGUCAAGCCAACUGCCAUGAAUCGCAAUAAAAAAAGAAAACGUUUGCAUAUGUUCAAACGAAGCUAUACAAUUUUUAAAGAAAUUCUUUGCUCUUUCUCGGUCAAUAAAAUAAAUUAGAUAUAUCUUUCGAAUCCAACUCCUUUUCGCCAAUUGUGUUCAGCGAAAACGAUACACUUAGCAUUUAAUGUUAUUACACCCACAAGCAUAUCUAUGUGCCAGAAAAUAAAAACCAUAAACUAUUUGCAAUUUCGCCGGAAUAACAAAGAGAACUAACCAACUUAAGGUACAACUUGUAGCUAAAACAAUUUUUAUCUGAUGGAAUUUAGAUACGUGAAAUUUUUCAGAGAAACACCUAAGCGCAGAAACUCAUAUUUGUAACUCUUUAUCAUUAGUAGUUUAGUGUGAUAAAUGUUAAUAAAGAAUGCAUAAACGAAA